CUUCCGGAAUCUCAAUCUCCAUUUGGAGUGACGGAAGUUCGCAGCAGUCUGAAACAACAGCAGGCCCCCACCAUUGCUGUUGUGGCUUCCGGGCAACAUGUACCAGCUGUAAACAUGGCGGAGGAGAUAUUGGAAGCAGUCGAGAAGUUGCAGUUAAGGCUCUCAGAGAAUCAAGAGCCUCGCAAGCUGCUGAAAACUCUCAAAAAGCUGGGGGAGCUUCCUAUAACAGUAGACAUCCUGGUGGAAACAGGCAUUGGAAAGACAGUGAAUUCCCUGCGCAAACAUGAAUUUGCUGGGGAGGCAGCAAAGAACCUUGUGGCCAAGUGGAAAAAGCUUGUGCCAGAGAGAUCUGCAGACAGACCAAAUGUAAAGGAAGGGCGUUCCCACUCACGCAUUAAUGAGUCUGGAGGGCACAAACGAGUCCGGGAGCGGUCUCCAGAUGAGCCUCCACUUAUGGAGGAGGAACAACAUGAAGAGAUGGGAUACCAACAUGGCUACUCCCCCUCCCCUCCACAGCACUACAGCUCUCAGUACAGGCACAGUAGCGCAAGGGAGUAUCAGUCAGAUGAAUAUGAAAGCCCUCCUGAAGAGGAGCCAGAGCCCAGUCCCCCACGCAAUGACAUGAGGCACAGCAAGCCACACAAAGAGCCAGUCAGAGAGCACAAUUCCCAAGACAUUCGGGAACAGGAGAGACGGAAGAAUCGUCCCACGGGUGUCGGCAGCAGUGAGGAGAGGUCGCAUAGAGCCGACAGAGAGCAACAGGGUGGGACGAGUCACAAAUCUAAACACAAUCGACAUUUAAGCCCACACGAAAGCAAAAGGGAAAAGAAAGGAGGAAGUGAUGGAAAAUCAAGGGAGAGGAGGGAAAUUCCAGAGCCAGUGGAUGAGGAUGAGGAGCCAUAUGAGGCUCCAACUAUGUCUUUCGAAUCCUUUCUCACAUACGAUGCUCCGACCCCAAGCAAAAAGAAGAAAAAGCAAUCCUCGCGACCCCCUCAGCCUCCUGCCUCGAUUCCUUCUGCUUCCUCUAAGUCUGGCAAAGCCAAUGGGACCAGUAGUAAACACUCAAAGCCAUCCUCUUCCUCCAUGACCACGCCUGUUCCAGAGAAACGCAGGAAGGUAGUGGAUGUGGUUCCUACACUGCCUGAUAUCCCUUUGCCAGCCAUCCAGCCCAACUACAGACCACUGCCCUCCAUUGAUCUUACACCACUGUCCCCCCAGAGGCGCAAAGUCCCACUGUCAUAUGAGGAAGAGGAUGGUGGCUACGCAGGGCGAAGACUGAACUCUAAAAUGGUGGUGUACUCUGGGUCCAAGACUUCGUAUUUGCCGAAAAUGAUGUCUCUGUAUGAACAGUGUAUCAGAGUCCUACAGAACAAUAUAGAUUCAAUUGAUGAAGUGGGUGGAGUGCCAUUCGAGAUUCUGGAACCGGUUCUGGAGAGAUGCACUCCUGAGCAGCUUUACCGGAUUGAGCAAUGUAAUCCAUAUUUCACAGAAGAGUCGGAUGAUCUGUGGAUGAAACACUGCCAGCGGGAUUUUAAACAUGACCCUCGACAAGAGUAUGAAUCCUGGAGGGAGCUGUAUCUCCGGCUCCAUGAAGAA